AUGGGUACCCAAAUAGCGCCCGCGUCAGGUAUCCAUAGUCUCCCAGUUGAGCUACUAGCGGAUAUCGCCAAAUACACCGAAUCUCCUGGUCUAUGCGCUCUUCGGCUCACCUGCCGAGCGCUAUACCAGAGCAGCCUUCGCCACUUUGCACAAACUUUUGUACACACAUUGAAAACCGAUCUUUCACCAAACUCACUUGCCCGCCUUGAAGAAGCAGCCAACGAUGAACUCUUUGGCCCCUGUGUCCGCAAGUUGAAGAUCGUCAGGAAUUCAAAAUGUUGUCUGGGACCGCUCGUCCCGGAUAAUACAUCAAGCGAAACAUAUAUUCAAUCGUGGCACGAUGUGAUGAAACGCCUGGGGAAUUGCCGAUCUUUCGAACUGCACUAUUCAACAUAUACAACACCGCAUCCCGACGGCGAUGGCAUCACGCUUGACGAGGCCACUGGUCUUGUUCUCGAAGCUAUAUCCACCGAGCACAUGCCGAUGGAAUCUUUCUCGAUAGAGAUCAUGAAAUACAGAGACAGAAAUCACCAGUUUAACGUAACGCAAUUUGGUAUCGCCACUUUUGGGAUCCCGGCAUUUUCUCAGCUCAAGGAACUGAGCUUUGUGAUACCGGAUGCCGAGACAAAGACUAUCAAUUGGAUGGCGAAAACGAUACAGGGCGCCAAAUCUCUCAGAAAGCUGGAGAUUCUUUUUAACUGGAAUUGCAAAUCAACUUCACUUCUAUCCCAGCUUUCGUCGGUUGGAUGCUUGCCGGAACUACAAGAGUUGACUUUUUCGCGGAUGUCAUUCGACUCUUCGGCUGCUUUGGGGAUGUUCCUUCGCAAUAUUCGAAAAUCUCUCCGCUCUAUUACCCUUUCUGUUGUGGAGCUGGAGCUUGGAGGCUGGCGGUCUAUUCUCCGUGAAUUGAGUGGAGGUGUAUACCAGCUUGACAGUUUGAUUCUACAUCGCGUAGUAGAAUCUCAAAAGUUUGUGAGCUUUCGGAGGACUCUGGAAUACGCACUUGCAGUCAGGCCCCUGGACAGAAGACUAUUCCAUCCGGGCCAAUUGUGCUUUUCUGAACGGGAGGAUGUACUCUUCACUUACUCUGGUCCGAAUCUUAACCAGGUUGUACGGAGGGUGGCUGCCCUUGUAGAGUUACCCUAA